GGUGAACACAACCGUUUUGUGGGUUGGAUAGGCGGGGCUAAGGGCAACGCAGACCAAUUGCAAGCUCCAAGGGUGGCUGGGGGCGUGGCCUAGGCGAGAGAAGGAAAUGGCGGCACGGGCUUCAGGCCCCGGAGCUCCCGCCCAGAAAUGUCCCUUCUGCACCUGGUAUCUCAGCUCUGCCAGCUGAGAUGCCCCCGAUGCCCUCCUUGUGCCAGGCUCCUCAGCUCCACUUUCUGUCUGAGGGCAGGACAGAGUAACUAUUAUGAGCUUCUGGGGAUCCGGCCAGAUGCCAGCAUGCAAGAAGUCAAACGGGCUUUCUUUGCCAAGUCCAAAGAGCUGCACCCGGACCGGGACCCGAAGAACCCUGCCCUCCACAACCGCUUUGUGGAGCUGAAUGAAGCCUACCGGGUUCUGAGCAAGGACUGCAGCCGGCGAGCCUACGACAGCCAGCUCAGCCUCCGAGGCUCCAUGCGGCGCCCCAGCCAGCAGGCCCCCAACUCCCAGAACCAGGGCCCUGCCUCCGCCUCCAGCUCCUGGUCGUCCCCCGAUUCCCGGUACUGGGCCCAGUUCCGCCAGGUCCACCCCGAAGCCUCCCGCCGGGCUUGGCAGAGGCAGCAGAAGCAAAACCACCGGGUUCUGGGCUACUGCCUCCUGCUGAUGCUGGGCGGCAUGGUGCUGCACUACAUCGCCUUCAGAAAGCUGGAGCAGGUCCACCGGAGCUUCAUGGACGAGAAGGACCGCGUCAUCCUGGCCCUGUACAACGAGAGCAGGACCAGGGCCAGGGCCAACAGCGCCAGGCUCCAGCAGGAGAGACUGCAGAAGCCCCGGAGCCCCCCGCCGCCUCCCGGGAAGUGACUGGUGGCUGCCGAGGGGUCCCCCGGCCGUGUGCAAUAAAAUCAUUGUCACUGGG